AAGAAGUUGAAAGCUCUAUAUGACAGGCAUAUGCGCCUCCUUUAAGCAGUCCAUGAAGUUUCACUACUUUAUAUCUCUCUCUCUCUUCCUUCUUCCUUUGUUCCAUAGAACCCUUCAUUAAACCCAUUCUCUUCUCUCUUUCACUCUUACAUUUGUUUAGACAAUCUAAAGAUCUCUUUAGCUUAAUUUUUGAAAGACAAUGGACCAAAGCAAUGCUCUUCUCACUUGGACUUACUUCUCUCAUGGAAAGACAACGGAAGAGCUAAGACAAACUCUUGUCUACACGACAAUGGAGCUAGAACAAACGAAGCUAGUGGCUCAAGAAGAGCUAAAGAAGAGAGAUGAACAAUUGAUUCAUCUCGAAGAUGUUCUAACCAAAACCCUCAAAGAAAGAGACGAAGCUCUGGAGAAAUGUCAUAAUCUCCUCUUCGACAAUCUCUUGCUUCAACAGCAACAGAAACAGAAUCAUAUCACUCCUCCUUUAUCAGGAGCUUCAAGCAUUGAAGACGAGCAACUUCAGCCGCAGCCGCAGAUUCAAUCCAACAAGAGCUUCUCGUCUUCAGACACUGAAGAAAGCAUCAUGUCACCGUCAGUGGUCGAUCCGGUGAAGAUGAACCAAGCAUCUCAGGCUGAGAUAAUGGCUACAUUGUUGCUGGAAAAGCCACUGCCUGAAAAGGGAAAUCUCUUACAAGCUGUUCUCAAGGCAGGUCCUUUGCUUCAGACACUUCUCUUAGCCGGUCCUCUGCCUCAAUGGCGCCACCCGCCACCGCCUCUGGAGACCUCUGAGAUCCCUCCGGUGACCGUCUUACCACCGCAGUUUCAGAUCCCGGUGGUCAACAACGGCUGUGGGAAUUCAAACAAGAAAAGAGCUUUGUCAAUCUCAGAUGGGUCUAAUUCAGAAACUAAGUAUCAGAAAGUUUAACAAGAAAUUGGGGACUGAUCAUCUAUCCUUGCUCAACAAAAAUACUAAUAGUCUUCUAAUAUAUACCAUAUACAGAUCAUUUUUUUCUUUAUAGUAUUAAUCUUCACUUAGGGUUCUAGUGAAAGUGAUAUUUUUAGUCAGUUUUAUGUAGAUAGAGCUUGAUGUUUCCUUUUCUUUUUUCUUUUAAUUUGUGGAGAGUAUCCAUGUAGGGUUUAGAUCUAGAAUGUUGAUGGGAAUGAAACUCCCCUGGUUAACCAAGUGAGAGAGUUUUGCUAUUUGCUUGUCUUUUGUUUUCUUGGUUUUUUUUUGGCUUAAUGAUUUUUGUUUCCUAAACCCAAUUUCACAUCAUGUUUUGGCUCCAAGAAUGUAAAUCAAUUGUGUUUUUUUGUUUACUUCUAUUUGUAAAAUACGAAAAUCUAAAGCUAGAAAGCUAAAUGGUGAUGUAUGUUUGAAUGUUUAAUUUAAGAUUUCUAAGAAGUUAAU